AUGCUGCUGAACACUUGCGACGAAUGGAGUAUUGACAAAGACCAAAUUUCGGCUGUGGUGACGGGCAAUGCACCAAAUAUGGUGAAAGCUGUAGAGCUAGCCUUUGAACAAUGCAAACCACUACGCGAGUUAAUAAGCAAAGUCAAAGAUGUUGUGACGUGGUUUAAACAGAGCAACAUAGCAAGCAACGAACUCCCUAUGCUGCAUGCGUCAGAACUUGCACAUCUAAGUUCAGUUCUACAGGUACUACGUCCAAUAGAAGCUGCUACGAAGGAGGUCACAGGUGAUAAGUAUUGCACUAGCAGCAAAGUAAUACCACUUAUUCAUUGCCUCGUUUUAAAAAUUAAGCCUCUGAGCUUCGACGACUCGAUUGCCAAAGAGCUACAGUCUCUGGUUCUUAAGGAGAUUCAGAAGAGAAUGGGUGUCAUCGAAAACGUAACUCCCCUGGCUAUAGCCACGGUAUUGGACCCCAGAUUCAAGAAAAUGCAUUUUACGGAUCCGCUUGCAUGCUCUGCUGCUGUAGGAAAAAUAAAAGAUCUCAUGAAAGCCGCAGCCCACAACACGACCAAAGAUUCGGAGUCAUCGGAACUUUCUGAUAAAAAUGAGGAUAACUAUUCAUUGUGGGAGGACCACCACAAGCUAGUCCAUAAAAGUUGGAAAUUGUCAAGGCCGAUGACACUAUUUCUGAUGAGCUGGCCAUAUAUCUACGUUGCCCAGUGGGUAGACUCACUGAAACCCAUUGGAAAUUUGGAAGGACUUGGAGAUACAGCUCCCCUGAUUGAAGCCAAUCGCAUAUAA